AGGCAGCGACAAGCGGGAUCAGGAUGAACAGCGGCGGCUUUGGUUUGGGCUUGGGAUUCGGCCUCACCCCUACAGCGGUGAUUCAGGUGACGAAUCUGUCGUCGGCGGUGACCAGCGAGCAGAUGCGGACGCUCUUUUCCUUCCUAGGAGAAAUCGAGGAGCUGCGACUCUACCCCCCGGACAAUGCACCUCUUGCUUUUUCCUCCAAAGUAUGUUAUAUUAAGUUUCGUGAUCCAUCAAGUGUUGGUGUGGCCCAGCAUCUUACUAAUACGGUUUUUAUUGACAGAGCUCUGAUAGUUGUUCCUUGUGCAGAAGGUAAAAUCCCAGAGGAAUCCAAAGCCCUUUCUUUACUGGCUCCUGCUCCAACCAUGACAAGUCUGAUGCCUGGUGCAGGGUUGCUUCCUAUACCAACUCCAAAUCCCUUGACGACACUUGGUGUUUCACUUAGCAGUUUGGGAGCCAUACCAGCAGCAGCACUAGACCCUAACAUUGCAACACUUGGAGAGAUACCACAACCACCACUUAUGGGAAAUGUGGAUCCUUCCAAAAUUGAUGAAAUUAGGAGGACAGUCUAUGUUGGAAAUUUGAAUUCUCAGACAACAACAGCUGAUCAGCUACUUGAAUUUUUUAAACAAGUUGGAGAAGUGAAGUUUGUGCGGAUGGCAGGUGAUGAGACUCAGCCAACUCGGUUUGCUUUUGUGGAAUUUGCAGACCAAAAUUCUGUACCAAGGGCUCUUGCUUUUAAUGGAGUUAUGUUUGGAGACAGGCCACUGAAAAUAAAUCACUCCAACAAUGCAAUAGUAAAACCCCCUGAGAUGACACCUCAGGCUGCAGCUAAGGAAUUAGAAGAAGUUAUGAAGCGAGUACGAGAGGCUCAAUCAUUUAUCUCAGCAGCUAUUGAACCAGAGUCUGGAAAGAGCAAUGAAAGAAAAGGCGGUCGAUCUCGUUCCCACACUCGUUCAAAAUCCAGGUCUAGUUCAAAAUCUCACUCUAGAAGGAAGAGAUCACAGUCAAAACACAGGAGUCGAUCCCAUAAUAGAUCACGUUCAAGACAGAAAGAUAGACGUAGAUCUAAGAGCCCACGUAAAAAACGCUCUAAAUCAAGAGAGAGGCGGAAGUCAAGGAGUCGUUCACGUUCAAGGGACAAGAGAAAAGACACUCGAGAAAAGAACAAGGAGAAGGAAAGAGUAAAAGAGAAAGAUAGAGACAAGGAGAGGGAAAAAGAGAGGGAGAGGGAAAAAGACCGUGAAAAAGAAAAGGAACGGGGUAAAAACAAAGAGAAAGAACGUGAUAAAGAACGAGAAAAAGAAAAGGACAGAGAGAGAGAUCGGGAUAAAGAGCAUGAAAAGGAGCGAGACAAAGAGAAGGAAAAGGAACAGGACAAAGAAAAGGACCGAGAAAAGGACAGAGCCAAAGAGAUAGAUGAAAAAAGAAGGAAGGAUAAAAAGUCCAGAACACCACCCAGAAGUUACAAUGCGUCAAGAAGAUCUCGUAGUUCCAGCAGGGAAAGGCGGAGAAGGAGGAGCAGAAGUUCCUCCAGAUCACCAAGAACAUCAAAAACCGUAAAGAGGAAGUCUUCUAGAUCUCCAUCCCCUAGGAGCAGAAAUAAGAAAGAUAAGAAGAGAGAAAAAGAAAAGGACCACAUCAGUGAAAGAAGAGAGAGGGAGCGUUCCACCUCUACAAGAAAGAGUUCUAAUGACAGAGAUGUAAAGGAAAAGUUGGAGAAAAACAGUACAUCUCUUAAAGAGAAAGAGCACAAUAAAGAACCAGAUUCAAGUGUAGAUAAAGAAGUAGAUGAAAAAGAUGCACCAAGGACUGAGGAAAACAAAGUACAGCAGAAUGGUAAUUGUCAACCAAAUGAAGAAAAUCUCUCUGCUAAAACAGAAGCAGAAGCAGUAUAGAACUGACAAAUACACCUCUAAACUCAACGCUGGAAUAAAUGCUUUUCAUUCUCUAAACAAGAUGUAAACAGUGAAGAAUUGUUGAACAUAUAAAUAUGAGCCAAUGAGUUUUCAUGUUGUUAGAUAACUUUGUGGCCAUCUUGUUACAGAGUAAGAAAAUAACGCAUGGACAUCAUGAAAAUAACAGAUGUUACCCAAACUCCUCAUCUUCUGAAAUCUGUGCAUUUCCAUGGUGGUUGACACACUUGUCAUGUGGUUUGUUAAAGUGUUUGCCAGGAACCAUUGCAAAUAAGUAGACCAUCAAAGAUCCAAAUUUGUACUAUCCAUAAAAACUGGUGAUGAGCAUUGGAGGCGCUUUCAAAAGAAAAAACAAAACGCUAGUUACUGAAUUUUGUAUUGUUUUACUUUUUAAAAAAAAUUCAUUAUCUACAAUUUGAUGAUGUGCUUGAAAUUGGUGCAAAUAUAUACAUGCCCUUGUAAGUGCAAAGUAUGUAAGAAGUUUUAACAUUUGCUUAACAGCAUUUACUGUGAUUGUGUUAAAUUCUCACUAUUGUGUUCUCUUUUGCUCACUGUUUAGUACAGUCUUUUUUCUUUUAAAUAGUUUUAUGGAUUAAAAAUGCUUAAAUAUAUGGAUUAGGAAACAACUGACAAUGUAUGCUACUGUUCUGUUGCAGAAAGAAGAGCAACUGUUGAAUACUAAUAAUAGUGUAUUAGUAUUCAGUGUUUAGGAUGAUUGGGUCUCCCCAUAAAGUGAUCAUUUCUUCUUGAACUUCCUUGCCAUUUCCAAGCUUAUGAAAAAUAUUGCAGUGUGUCUUGUCAGCUGUAAGUGGCAAAGGUGCCCUUAAAAAGAGGAAACUGGUUUUCAGAGUGGGCUAUGGGAGCACAAGCUGAAGCUUUAGUGCCUUCUAAAAUGUGGUAUACUGUUUUCUAGAAUUUUAUAUGUGCUAGUCAUUCUCAGUUCAUACAGAACCUAGAUGGAUGUUCCAUUCACUCCCAUAAGAGAAGUGUGCAACUGAUAGAUGUCAGAAAAUCUUCUUACUCAGCUUGCCUCAUAUGAAAAGAAAGUCUUGUUUUAAGGAAUGACUUUAGAGCUUGAAACAAACAUGCAGUUUUGGGACCAUCAGUUUUAUACUGUGAUCAUUGAAAAUGAAGCUUGUUUAUUUUCCUUAAGUCCGAAGAAGCCCUUUAGUUAUGUACGUUGGAUGGCCUUAAUUAUUACCUCUCAAUCAUUUAUUCAUAUUUCUGACCUACAGAAAUUAUACCUAAAGAUAGAACUAAGAGUACAUGAGGUUACUUGUUUUAUAUUUAAGGAUGUAUUUGCUUGAGUUUAUCGAGGUCAUCUGUCCUUCUUGGGCUCACUUUUUGCUAAAAGUGCGUAAGUAGUAAAAUGACAGCAUUGCCAGCAUUUUUCCUCAGAACUACAACUCAUGGUUUCAGAAAUCUUCUCAUGUUGUUACAUUUCCAAAAAAAUAACAAUUAGUGCGUUAUUUUGAAAAUCAAGUAUAAUUAUUUUAAUGCAGUCUAAUACAAUCAAAUUACUCAGUUGCCUUACCUCAUGGGAAUACUUUCAUGGAUUUAAAAAACUGAGUAGUAUGCUACUUGGUUUUAACUUGAUUUUUCAUUUAAAGUUAAUAUUAUUGAAAGAAACUUAUGGUGGAGAAUGGA